AUGGAGGGCACCAACUACUCUCAUUUCGUUGUCUUGUCGCUAUUCAUGAUAUUCCUGAUCGGUCUCAGUGUCGAGUUUGCUUUAUUCAUACCCUGGAUACUGAAUCAAAGUAUCCUGCUGAUUGUAUUGAAGGUGGUUGGAUAUAACGGAGUUGGGGUUGGGAUGUUCUUGAACUACGCUCUGGCAAUUGUUACUGAUCCUGGUAGAGUUCGGAAGGGCUGGUACUCUCAUGAUGCUCCACCAACGGAACCGAAUGUUGGAACAGAUGUAUCAAUCCAGGUAUCGCAAUCGAUACAGCCUCCUAGGUUCUGCCAGUCUUGCCAGAACUACAAACCACCAAGAACGCAUCACUGUAAAGAUUGUCGGCGAUGUGUCCUGAGAAUGGACCAUCAUUGUCCUUGGACUAACAAUUGUGUGGGCUUCCUCAAUCAUGCUCACUUCUUACGCUUUCUAAUAUGGACUUCAAUUGGCUGCUUGAUGGUCGCUACGAUCAUAAUAUGGAGACUGGUUGAGAUUGUAUUGGCUAUUGAGAAGGGAACUACCAAGGUAGCCGAAAGACUAUCGAUAUCAGAACUCAUGCUCCUCCUGUUACCAUGGUUGUUCUCCUCUCUUCUUACACCCAACACCGUCUCUAAACAGGCAGGCGAAUUCAUCGCGACAGACAUUGAAAUCAUCGUCAUCGGCAUGGACAUUGUCAUGCUCAUGCCAAUCGCAUCCGUCGUAUGGCUCCUCACAUCCUCCCACCUAUACUGGGCAUGCACAAACCAAACCACAAUCGAAGUAUCGCAUCGCAAAGAAUCCAAUUUCCUUGUCGGGACUCGUCUGAGAGGAGACAAGAAUCCAUAUGAUUUGGGGUUUAAGAGGAAUGUGGUUCAAGUGUUUGGACAUGUGUGGAAGUAUUGGCUGGUACCGCCGUUUCCGUUGGGCAGGAAGGUGACUGUUGGUGAUGGACACUCUUUCGAGUUUGUGGGGUCUGGGAAGGUGGAUUUGUUGGGUGAGAUUGUUAAUGAGGAGAAGAUGUUGUAA